AUGUCGGGGAAAGUGAUCAUCUUCCCAGUGGAAUCCAACACUGCCCACGUGAAAGUGACUCCUGCGCUCAACAAGAUAUUCUUCUCUGUGACAGUGUGUCUGAGGUUCCUCUCAGACUACAACAAGGAACAGGCUCCAGGGGAUGGUAGGUAUAGGCUGUACAUCGGAGACAAGGGCGUCUUCUUCUACGGUCUGCCGACUGGGCUGAACCAGUGGCACUCCGUCUGCGUGACCUGGGACAGUGGCACAGGUCUGGCUCAGAUUUGGGUGAAUGGAAGACCGAGCGCGAGAAAAGCGCUUCAGGCUGGCGCGUCGAUCGCAGGAACCCCAAGCAUCAUGCUCGGUCAAGACCAAGACGCGUACGCGGGUGGAUUUCACGUGUAUGACGCAUUUUAUGGACACGCUACUGAUGUUCACAUGUGUGACACCGUGCUUUCACCCAGCGAAAUUAAGGACUAUAUGAAAUGUGUAAUUUCAAGGCCAGGCAAUGUUGUCGACUGGACUAACAUGGAGUAUUCUAAACAUGGUUACGUGAUUGUUGAGCCGAAGCUAACCCUAACCUGCCCCGAUUCAGAAGUAGCCUAA